AUGAUUAACACCGCUGAGGUUGUUACAGAUACCGAUCACGGCGAGGUAGUGGUCCUUAUUGAAGCUGAUAUGGUUUUGAACAGCUUGGAUUACGUUGCUGAUGUACCAUGCGAUAUGCAGGUAAGCCAGCUUCGCGGAUGCCAUAUGCAUGCAAGGCUCUGAAU